CUAAUAUAUCCUUGCAUUUCCAAUAUGAACACGUUGACUUAACUAGUUUUGCCUACUUGAAUCAUACUAUCGUUUACAAUUAUAAAUAAUUAGUAGGAAAAUUACAAAAACAACAACAGAAAAAUAUGGGCAACGAAAGAGCUAACAGAAGCACAACGACGUCGUUCAAGUCUUUCGGGCAACUCAACCUAAACAAAUAUACUUUUACGGGCGCAUUGUUGUGCUCCAUGACUUUUAUUUUAGCUGAAUUUGAUGGGGCUGGGAUAAGCAGUGCUGUGAAAAUCUUCAUGCAGAAGAACCAUAAUAUGGUUUAUUACGAGUUUGUUUCGUUAGCAGUCCCUCUAAUAGAAUGGUUAGUCGCUGGAAGAAUAUCCGGUUGGGUUGGAAGUCGCCGCAGCUUAUUAUUAUCCGUUGUCCUCUACUUUCUCGGUUCUCUUAUAACCUGUCUCGCACAAAACUACGUCGUUUUCUUAGUCGGUAGCUGUUUUGUGAGCAGCGGAAUUGUGUUCACUAAAACUGUCGCUCCGGUUUACGUAAUCGAAUUAUCGCCUGAUUCGACUCGAGGCUUGCUUGCAUCAUUUGUCGAAAUAUUUGCUACUGUGGGAAUGGUACUCGGGGAUAUUACGACCUAUUUUUGCUCUGCUAAUUUCUCAAUGGAUUUGGGUUGGCGAGUCAUGCUUGGAAUCGGAACGAUUCUUUCGUUUCUGUUGUUUAUAUUUUUGAUGGCUUUGCCCGAGUCACCGUUUUGGCUCGUCUCCCGGGGAAAACUAGGUGAGGCGAAACGAGUUCUGGCCAAGACUUCGGAGAGUUCAGAAGCUGCGGAGCUACGAUUGACGAAGCUGAAAUCGGCCUUAGGUGUACCGGAACAAUCCUUAAACGACAUCGUUCCGCAGCCGAAGCAGCGAACUUUUGCGGAAUCGUUGAAAGACCUUCUCCUCCGUCCAUCUCCGUCCGUUCGGAGAGCAUUAAUCGCAGCCGUUGGUUUGAGUUUCAUCCGGAAUGCGACGGGUGUUGACGCCCUCAAUCUUUACAAGAAUCGAAUCAUGUCCUUCGCUGGGAUAAAAACUGAGAGAGAAAUCUUAAUUCUUACGACAGCCGUCCGAUUAAUCUACGUCUUUCUCGAGUUAACGGCGGGAUUUUUAAUCGACAGAAUCGGACGACGUCCGUUGCUUCUUGCCAGUGCAGGUGGUAUGAUCCCCUCCUUGGCGGGUCUUGGGCUGGUGUUACGGUCAAUCCCUCGUAGUAAACACCAUAAAAAUGUUUGGGCUGGGCCUUUGUCAUUGGUCAUGUCACAAUCUUGCUUCUUGUUUUUCUUUAUUGGGCUGGGCCCUUCGACUUGGGUUUAUUGCUCUGAAAUUUUCCCAGUCACAUUGCGGGCCUAUGGGACCGGCCUUGGAGCCAUGGUCAACACGGUGACUCGCGCGGUCAUGUCUAUGACUUGUUUAACGAUAUUUGUUGAGAUCACGGCUGGUGGUUACUUUUUAAUAUGUGCUGGAUUGGCUACAUUAGCGUUAUUGUAUAUAUACAAGCUGGUCCCGGAAACGCGUGAUUUUUCUUUCUUCGAGGAAGAGAUUCUUAGAUCAGAGGUCCACGUGGAACAAUCGGGAGCGUUGAUUGCUACUAAUUUGGAGGAACCAAUAUUGAGUUGGGAUAUUGAUAAAAAACAAAGCAAGCUACGGAUGUGUAAUACUUUUCCACCUUGUCGUUAUUCCACUUUCGAUUCUUUGAAGUUGAAGGUUUGAGACAAUCACAUCUUUGAUUGAUUACUUUGUAUGCAACAAAUCCGCCUAUAGUUUUCAUAUUUUGGAUUAUACCAAUUUUGUUUGGUGGUCCUUGUAAUAUUAUAACUGAAUUGGGUGCUAAUUUGUUAGACCAACUCAAACAAGUAUAGCUUCCGAGCGUGCUGUGAA